AGGUUUGAACUUUGAAAUCAUUUACCACCCGUAACAAACCUAAGUCUGCGGAUUCUCCUACAAAAGCAAGAACAUACCCUAAUCAAUUCCCCAAUUCUAAACCCUAGGCCUAUAUAGUAAGAUAAUCUCUCCGCCUCCGCCAUCGCUAUCAUCUUCAAGUUUUUCUGAUCUCUCGAUACGAUUUUAAUUCUUAAGCAAUUCAUCACGAAUUCCUCUACCGAUUUUCUCAAUUUUUCGAAGCAGUACUGGGUUGUGAAUGGUAGAAAUUUCAUCUAAUUACAUGCCAUUUUCCCCCUUCCUCUCUACAAGGGGGGUUUUCGUUCAUUCUCUUUCUUCUGCUUCUGCAUUUGCUUUCGGUUCUUGUAUGGAAGGCUGGUACUACCGCUGCCUCGGACUUGACCCUUGAAUUAUUUCUUUUCCUUUCGUCUAGAUCUCUCUCUUUCUAUUUUCAUUUUCUUUUCGUUCAAUUAAAAUCAACAAAAAUAAAUCAAUACAAAUUUAAUUAACGAUGUUGCUGAGCAAGCAAAAGAAAUCCCAAAAUAAUAAGGGAAAUCGUCUCUUGAUUACUGUCAAUGUUCUAGGAAGUACGGGGCCGUUGAGAUUUGUGGUGAAAGAAGGGGAGCUUGUUGCUGCUGUUAUCGAUAUGGCGUUGAAAUCUUAUGCUCGUGAAGGUCGUCUUCCUGUGCUUGGAUCCAAUCUUAAUGAUUUUCUCCUUUAUUGCCCUACCUCUGGAUCUGAUGCUUUAAGUUCACUUGAGGCAAUCGGAACUCAUGGUGUGCGGAAUUUUCUACUCUGCAAGAAGCCACAAUCUGAGAUUGCCAAAAAUGCUGAAACUGAGGGUACUACUAUUGCUAGACGGGGACAUGGUAGAUGGAAGUCAUGGAUCAACAAGACCUUAAGUCUCAAAAUUGCCUCGCAUUGAAGUUUUUAAAAAGUAUUUCUCGUGCUUUCAAUGGUGAACAAUGAUAGUAACACCUUCGAGAGGUUUAUAUUGCGCUGAUUGCUUGUUUCCUUUAAUACCAGUUUCAUUAUUUUGCAUUAUGUGAAUGAUUAUUCAUGAACAUUAGAGGGUUUAAUGUCCUAUUGGGCGUACAAUUACAGACGCUUCGGCAAAUAAAGUUGAACUUAUCUUGUAUUCAGUAACCAGUAUUGCUUCUGAUAUGGAAAUCAUGCAUCAUUUCUUUAGA